AUGGGCUGUGGAGCCUCGCAGAACUCCGCAUCCUCGGCUUCAAGGGGCUGGAUACUACAAUCUUUCCGAGAACACAAAGGACCCAUCAAUUGCUCCGCUCUGAGCGACGAUGAGAGUCUUCUAGUGACAGGCAGUGAGGACGGAACGGUCAAGAUGUGGUCAACGCAGAGCGAGCCCGUCGAAAUGCUGGGUAAAAUCUCCAUGGCGAACCUGGAGAACCUGAAAGGAACCGCUUGUUUCGUUCCAGGAACGCUCAUUGGACAUUCGAGUUAUAUCACUUAUUGUACAAUUCAUGGCAGCUACAUAAUAACGGCAUCCGCCGAUGGCACCAUGAAAAAAUGGAAUAUCGCCGACGCAUCGUGCAUCUUCACGUUCCACGGUCACACAGCACGUGUAAACAGAAUCGUUUGCAAUGGAAACUUCAUCAUCUCCUCAUCAAUGGACAAGACGAUCAGAGCAUGGCAUUUUCAUGCAGAAAUGUUGGCACCUCAAAACAUUCUAGAAGACAUACCGGACGAGGAAUUGGCAGAAGCUGCGCCUGGAAUUACCGAGGAGCAGGAUCUUGAUCUCAUAGAAGCUGCCUUAUUGGCCAGGAAAUUCAGCAUCAUCUCCGCUAGGGACGACAAGAUUCUGAUAAAGCCCCGCGAUUCGAUUGUCUCGGAUCUCGGAACCCAAGCGACCUUCGAUGGAGUAUCGCAGAAAUCCUUUGAAGAAAUAUACAAUCAGCGGAAGAAGAACAAGCAUAAAGACUGCAUACAAGUUUUUAAGGGUCACCACAAGGGUGUCUUCCCGAUUCUGUUCAUUCCGUUCGUGGGGGACGCUCAAUCUGAUGAGAAUGAAGAUGGCCUCGAGGGGAGUACGGGACCAAAAGGCGAUAUCAUCAUUUCCGGGAGCUUCGAUUGGUCGGCACGGAGCUGGGAUCUGUACACGGGCAAAUGCUUGAAAACAUUCAAAGGACACACGCAGGCCGUGAACGAUUUGGCGGUGGACCCCGAGGCCGAGUACCUAUUCACGGGCGGUGGAGACGGAUCCAUAAGGCAAUGGGUCCUUCGAACGGGGGAAUGCAAGCGAGUCCUCGUCGGACAUCAAGGACCCGUGGUCUGUCUGAUCACACACGCGAAAAUGCUGUACUCGGGGAGUGCGGAUGGAACCGCGCGAUCUUGGGUCAUGGAGUUCGGGGAGUCGACCAGAGUUUACCGCGGAGCCGCCAAAACAGUGGAGUGUUUGCGGUAUUACGACAGAAUGCUCUUCGCUGGGUCGAGCGACACUUCGGCACGGAUGUAUGAAGCCAAGUCGGGAAGCCAUAAGCGGUCAUUCCAUGGCCACGAAAACAGCAUUACAUGUCUAGAGGUGACUCGGGGCCGUCUCUUCACGGGAUCAUACGACGGAACUCUCUUCGUUUGGGAUACGACGGGUGUCGUGGAUGAAACGGUGUUCAAUGUCGAAGAAGAGCCCGAGGACAGUGAUAUAGAAGAGGACGAUGAGAACGUCCAGAAAGCGAUGCGGAUACUGGAUGGCUUCGUUCACGGAACGUAG